GGGUGGUGGUGGAGGAGGUACGUCGUCACCGGCCAUGGAAAUUUACGAUGAAGAGAAGAAAAAAAACGUGUGGCCUGAUACCAUGUAGAAACCAUACAAUCUUAACUUGUGUCAUUCAUUCACCAAGAGAGAGUAUAUAUAGGAUACAAUCUUGAACCCUAGUGAAACAAGGAAACUAAGAUCCUAGUGAAACAAGGAAACUAACUAAUAUAUGGUAAUUAUUUCCCUACAAAUAUGCUACCAAAUAAUAUCAAAUAAUACAAAGAUAUUAUACCGCAAUAAAAUGUGUGGUCCAAAACAAGCCUUAGAUAUUUGUGUGACUGUAAAUCAUCUCAUAAAGUUAAAUUGUUUCUAAAUAUAGAAAUGUGCCAAUCUUUUUGGGACAAACUAAUAAAGAAAGUAAGACAAUCUUUUUGCGACGGAGGGAGUAUAUAGCAAAACAAUUAAGCUUGAAAAUAUUGUAUAUCCUUCUGUAAUCCAGGGAAGGUAAUAGUAGUCAAAACGUACUUAAAUUUCUGUCCAUCCCAUUUUGAGAAAUAUAAGUUUUGCUGGAAAGGGUACAAAAUUGGAAAAGAAGGGAAGAUAACUGUUGUUACUAGAGAAGGAGCUGUAAACUCCUGACAUGUGAAAUGGCAUUUGAAGCUUCGUUUUUCAAUAAUCAAUUUUGUUAUAAGUAGGCCUUUUAGGAAUAGUCAUGUUGAUUUGCUAACUCAUUACAACAACAACAUAUCCGGUGUGUUCCCACAGGUGGGGUCUGGGGUGAUUUGCUGACUCUUUAUCUCGGCAUAAUCGCCACUGAGGAAAUCAAUCCUCAGUCAACCGUUUCGGGGGAAAAAAUUAAAAAAUUUGUUGUUUUAGAUUUCUUUCCAAUUUUUUAAGGAUCUCCCUUCAAAUUCUAAUAUAAUUACCAUCUUUCCUCGGGAUAUCUAUAGAAGUUGACCAUUAAGGUUCAAGAAAGGAGAACGGUAAAAAGAUCUUAGAAGAGUCGAGCCUCCACGACAACUCAAAAGUUGGUUCAUUUACUUCAUUUUUCCACUUACUUUUUCCUAUCGCUUUUUUUGUAAUGAUGAAGAUCACAAAUUGAGAAGCCAUUCAUCUUCGCUUUUGAUUUUAUUUAUAUGACUAGGGUGCAAAAAUGGAAGAAAAGGGGAAACAGGAUAGCACUGCCGAUGUGAACUAGAAUUGUAUGGACAAACUUAUUCAACUGAAUGUCUUAAUGGUAUGAAAAAACAAAAACAGAAAGGGUUAUCCUUAUUCCUUCAGAGUUUGAGAUAGGGAGGAUGGGCGAAGCGGCGUUGUAUUUACUACUAUAAUAGUACUGUUUAGAUUGGUGGCACCACUGCAUGGAAGCAGCAUGACACGUAUUCGCAGUCAAAGCGGUUGUGAUGUGUCUUUUGAUUUGAUGCGGAAGAUAUUGAUAAAUCAGAUAGGUGAGAUCGAUUCCUAUUUUAGAAGGGGAAAAUGGUCCUUCGUCUAGAACUGUUUCACUAAUAAUUGGAGUUAAUUUACCUUACUCGUUAUAAAAAUGAGCUAAUUGAAGUCAUCCCUAAACAGGAAAUGGUGGUUCAUGAAGUCGACUUCUUCUUGUACCAUCCUCAGCAGCUUUCUUGUAUAGUGCUCUCUCUCUCUCUCUCUCUCUCUGUUUUGUUGGUGGGGGGAAUGUUUUCUGGUCAAUUUCUUUUUAUCCUGAAUGUUUAUCAUGUGAAAAGUGUUUAUUUUCCCAUUUAAUUUGUGGAUUCAUGGUAUCAAACAUGCUCCGCUAUCAUGCGUCUGCUUUGGGUUAAAGUGCCUGAUAAGUCUUGGUACAAAUCUGAGCAACUUCAGUUUUUUUUUAAAAAAUAAAUAAAUAAAUUUUGGCCUAAAAGGGGAUUUUAUAUAUUAACAUCAAAUAACAAAAAAAGGAAAGAUGUUCGACCAAAAAGUAAAAAGCAAGUAAAGGAACGUAAAAAAGCAACAUUUCUCAUUUUAAAUCGCUAACUUCAGCUGCCCGUCCAUAGCUCUCUCCUGUCGGUGAUUCAAGCUCCAUCUCUGUGGAUGUAAAUCAACGGUUUGUACCACUUUUCUAUGCAAGUCUUGGAACAUAGCAGCUCGAAUCAUUGCUGUUUUGUUGCUGGUGAGUUUCUUUGAAGUGCGAUUCUGCUGAAAUGGACUCCGAUGUGCUUUUCGCUGUUCAUCUGCUGUGAAGCUUCUGGGAUAUCUAUGAAAGUUGACCUCUAAGGUUCCUCCACGACAACUCAGAAGUUGGGUGCAAAAAUGGAAGAAAAGGGGAAACAGGAGAGCACUGCCGAUGUGAACGAGAAUUGUAUGGACAUUGAAGUCAUCCCUAAACAGGAAGAGUUGAAACAUCCCUGCCAAGCGGCAGCAUGUAAGAGCUCGGAGAAUGAUGGUAAGCUGAUCGGAAAUCGAAAGACACUAAAUUACAUUGAGGGGAAGGAUAGGAAGAGGAGUGAGUGGCCAAUGCGUGAAUACAGACUGGACAACAGCAGAGAUGGUACUACUUCUGACGACAUGCAGAUAUAUACGGCGUUAAACAAUGAUGAGAUUAGUGUCAAUCCACCAACGCUCAACCAUCACCGUGAUGCGUGUGAUCUUCCUUCCUCUGAUCAAGUUCCAUUGGUUGAAGGUUCACCCUAUGGUAGUCAUAAAAAUGAAGCACCGAGAUAUGGCGGGUGGCCGUUUCGUACUCCAGAAACUAGGCUGCCACCAUUUGAUGGACCGUUUGAGUCCUUGACUGAAGAAGAGUUGGCCUUCUUUGAUAACCCUGAUCCUGAUUAUCCAAGAAAGAGGCCAAGAAAUGAUUGAUAUUGUACAUUCUAGUGGUUCUAGUUAAAAUUAUAGUUUUUUCCUUUAAAUGCAAACUUCCAGUUCAUGAGUAAAGGUAUGAAGGCACUAGAGUUUCAGGGCCAAAUAAUUGUGAAGGCCUUCAUACAGAAUUAUUUCAAUUGUUUUAGCAUUGUUGACACCCAAUU